GUACGAUAAUAUUCGGAAGCGACCAAGAGGUGGCAGGUUUCAUGAGAGCUGUAAGAAGGUGCAACGCUACUGGCGCCUUCUCUUGGAUAGGAUCAGAUGGGUGGUCCGCAAGAUCUCUAGUAUGGCAAGGCCAGGAGGCUGAAGUGGAAGGUACCCUCUCUGUCCAACCACAGGCAAACCCUGUCAAAGGAUUUGACAACUACUUCUUGAAUCUUACAGUUGAGAACAAUAAACGCAAUCCGUGGUUUGUGGAAUUCUGGGAGGACCACUUCCAAUGUCGUUACCCUAAUAGUUCUCGGACUCCGUACAACCAGAAGUACAGCCGCGAGUGUGACUCGAACCUGAGACUGAACCGUGACUCAACCAGAUUCGAGAACCAACUGCAGUUUGUCAGUGACGCUGUCAUGGCUUUUGCUGUUGCUUUUCACGAUAUGCAUCGUGAGGUUUGUGGAGUAACAAAGAAACGAGGCCUAUGUGACGCCAUGAGGCCUAUCAAGGGACCAGAUUUGCUCAAAUAUCUCAGGAAGGUCAAUUUCGAAGGUCUUUCAGGUGACAAAUUCAGGUUCGAUCCGAAUGGAGACGGCCCAGCAAGAUAUAAUAUAAUUCAUUUCAAACAAAUAUCAGCUGGCAAUUUCUCCUGGAUAAGAGUGGGAGAGUAUAUUGAGGGAGAACUCAGGUUGGAUAUGGAUGCAAUCCAAUUUAGGCUGGGUCACACCAAACAUCCAGACUCUGUGUGCAGUUUUCCAUGUGAGUUGGGUCAAGCCAAAAAAUACGUCGAGGGAGAAAGCUGCUGCUGGCAUUGCUUCAAUUGCUCCCAAUAUCAGGUCCGCCACCACGAGGACGAGACCCAAUGCCUAAGCUGCCCUUGGGGUACCAUACCAGACCCAUCCAAGCAACACUGUCUGCACAUUCCGGAGGUGUUCCUGAGGGCAGAGAGCGCUUGGGCCAUUUGUGCUAUGUGUCUCUCGGCUACAGGUAUCCUGUUGACCCUGUUUAUUAUCGGAGUAUUUGUGAGGCACAAUGACACGCCUGUUGUCAAGGCUGCAGGGAGAGAACUGUCCUAUGUCCUAUUGACUGGCAUAUUGUUGUGCUAUCUGGUCACAUUUGUGCUCGUGUUGAGACCUACUGAUGUUGUUUGUGGGGUACAAAGGUUUGGUACAGGAUUCUGUUUCACCGUGGUUUAUGCGGCCAUCUUGACUAAAACAAACCGGAUUUCCAGAAUAUUCAACGCAGGCAAAAGAACUGCCAAACGACCAAGUUUUAUAACACCCAAAUCACAGUUGAUUAUUUGCUCAGGAUUUGUGAGUGUACAAGUUGUAAUUAACGGUAUAUGGAUGCUUGUAUCACCUCCCAAAGCCAUGCACCAUUAUCCCACACGGGAGGAGAAUCUGCUUGUAUGUUCUUCAUAUGUGGAUGCCUCAUAUAUGAUAGCUUUUGGCUACCCCAUUGUGCUAAUCAUCAUAUGUACCGUGUAUGCAGUUUUAACACGAAACAUACCUGAGGCCUUCAAUGAGUCUAAACAUAUAGGCUUCACGAUGUACACUACCUGUGUGAUUUGGUUGGCAUUUGUACCGUUAUUUUUUGGAACCGGUAGUCAUAUGCCUCUGAGGAUCACCAGUAUGUCUGUUACUAUAAGUCUAUCCGCUAGUGUCACCAUAGCCUGCCUUUUCUCACCAAAACUGUACAUAAUCCUGAUUAGACCUGAGCGCAAUGUAAGGCAGAGUAUGAUGCCCACCUCCAAAUACAGUGGCACAGUCAAGUCGGGCACUAGCGCUAGUGUCAUGGCAGCGGCGGUUGCUGUAACUAACACUCAAAGACUAUCUCAGCCUUUCAUCAAUGCCGUCGACCCCUCUGGUAAGCCUUUGGCAUCCAGAUGCAUUGACAUCGAGUUAUGCAGCGAUGAAACCGGUUUCAACCGGUUCUCAAGCCUCAAAAUCAAAGAUCCCCUACUGGUUACCAGGUCGACACAAACGGUUGUUAUAGCAACAGCCAAUGAGCAGCCUUCUCACCUGAUGGCAACAACCAAUGGGAGGCCAGCAAACAACAACAAUAACAACAAUGGUCCUAAUGGUAGGGCGCCAUAUUUGAAUUUUGGAAGUGCGGGGAAUUUGAAUGGUGAUUCAAAAAUUGGUGUCAGCGGUGGGAUAAAUGUUGUAAAUGUUCCCGGUGAUGUUACAAAUGUUUUAAGUGGUUCAACAAUGAAUGUUCCAAGCAGUACAAAUGUUUUAACAAGUGCAACAAACGUUUUGGGUGGUGCCGCAAAUGUUUUAGGUGUUGCAACAAAUGUUCUUACAGGGGCUACAAAUGUUCUGGGCAGUGCGCCAAACAUUCUAGGCGGUGCUACAAAUGUUCUAACUGUUACAACAAAUGGUAGCAGUGUUACCAACAACAUAGUAGGCAGUACAACAAACAUUGUAGCCAGUGUAACAAAUGUAAAUAGCGCUUCAAAUGUUGUCGGCAAUGGUCCGAUGUUGUAGUGACAACAAUGAUCAGUGUCUAUGUUGAUGUUGCAUGUUACAAAACAUUCUGAAAAAUAAUGGAACAACAUUGAAAAGCAUAGAUACUGGUCAGAUGUAGAUUUAUGGUGAGUUUAGAUGCAGCUAUUUUAUGGGUGGUGUAAUUUAUUUAGAACUGUCAGCAUUCUUUGAAUGGACAGCACUGUUGCUAUUUGUGAGGAAUUCUGACAGUUUGUUGUGAAUCUUACUCAAGUUUUCAGUUGCAUAUACAUUGAUUAAUUUAACCAUGAUUAAGUAGUGAUAUAUUCCAACAACACCAUGAGGAGGAAGAUGACAAUGCGAUGAUUUCAAAUGAUUAAUUGAUUCAAAUCAAAUCAAAUUUAUUUCCUCAAAAAAAUACAUUCACAGAAACAGAAAUAUUACAUUAGUCUAUGAAGAAAUAUCUCCCUGCAAAGGUAAAAACCUGAGUGCAGGAAGGAAGAUUUAUUCGAUUGAAUCAAUUAAUCAGUGGUUACAUUCUAUAUGUGCAACUGGACCAUGGGAGAAACAUCUAAAUUCCACCUCUGAAAUUGAAUACUUGGAAAGUUGAUGGAUCAUACAUUCCUUCAUCCAAUAAAAACAAUAUGGAAGCUUGAAAAUUAGUCUUGAAACAAGAAACUUGAAAAAUAUGGAAUGGUCGAAACUAGUUGUUGUAAUAUUUUAAAUAAUAGAGGGUACUUCAAGUUUCCAUAUUGUUUUUAUUAAUUUGUAAAAGUAACCCAUUCAAGUGGAGUGUUUUUAUUCCUUCAUUUGUAUAACCUACAAAUAAUCAUCUAAAAAAAUCAGAUCGGUAUCAAAAUAUUACAUAUGAAUAAUAUUAACAGAAUGAUAUUGUUGGCUUGAAGAUUGUUGACUAUGGUACCUACUCAACUUUGAGUUUCUGAUUUUCAAUUUAAUUUCUGCCUGAUGGUCAGGAGAGAAUAACAUUGAAUCUUAUGGGAGUGUUCAUAGCAGCAUUGACACUAUGAAAAUGUGUGAAUACUGCCAUAAGAAAACACUUUGCUUUUUUUAUACCCUGCACAGCAGAAAUUAUUCAUUAGAAAUCCAGGAUUUACCCUUAGCCAAUAAUAUCAUUGGAGAUCCAGAUUUUUACUCUUAGCCAAUAAUAUCCUACCAGCUAACUCAUUAGAAAUUAUAAGUACAUUAAUCUUCGAGAUAAAACUAUUUAUUCUUACUCAAUUUUGUAUUAAUAUCCAGAAUAAAUUGUAUAACCUAUUCAUAGAUUAACAAACUAUAUUUUCAUCUUGAUAGUAAUUAUUGUAGUAGUUUUAGUGAAAGUGAAGCUGUGAUAGAGUUUUAACUCAUUAAUAUGUUUUUAUCAAUGAAACUAUUUAUAUUCAAAUUUUAAUUACUGAAUUCACAAAAAGUCUACUUAUACUCUAACUGUUAGACAGCUUGAAAACUUGUAUAAUGUUACCAACUUUAAUGAGGUCCACGUUAUAAUGGCAGUGUUUGAUUAGCAAUGGUAUUGCUAUCCUUGUCUAUCAUUCAACAAAUCGGAUAGUGCUAUCUCUUUCUCGCUUUGCUCUGUUGCCAGAUCUUCUCUUAACAAUGUAGGAUUAAUAAUUAAUCUCAUCUUAAUUAAGAAAAACCAUUAUGAGAAUAUUGAAAAAUAUAAUUUCUUGCUGAAAAGAAUAUAAUUGAUUAUUUUAAACGAGAAUGAACAGUUAAUAUUACAUCAAUAAACCUGAAUCAGCUACCAUCUAUGGAAGGCAUU